ACCUGGCAGGAAGCCACAGGUCCUGUCAGUCUGAUAUCAAUAUAGAAGGUGUAGCUUUGGCUUUUUAAAACUGAAUGGUAAGACAGUGGAAAGAGACUUCACUAGAGUAGGUGGAAUUUCCCGGGCUGUAGAACUUUUAAAGGCACAAUUUCUUUUCUGUGCAGAGAAAGAGAUCGGAUAAAGCAAGUCUUUGCAAAAGGAAACCAGAAGUUUGGAAGUAUGCCUGGGAAACCAAAACUGACGUACUUUGAAGGCAGAGGAAGAAUGGAGUCCAUCAGAUGGCUAUUAGCAGCAGCUGGAGUGGAGUUUGAAGAAGAGUUUUUGAAAACAAGAGAACAGUAUUUGAAGUUAAUCAAAGAUGGAUGCUUGUUGUUUGAUCAAGUCCCUUUGGUCGAGAUGGAUGGGCUGAAGCUGGUCCAGACCAAGGCCAUCCUCAACUACAUCGCGGGGAAAUAUAACCUCCAUGGGAAGAACCUGAAAGAAAGAGCACACAUUGACAUGUAUGUGGAAGGAACCAUGGACCUGAUGGGCAUGAUUCUGGCGUAUUCUUUCUCUCCCCCCGAGCAAAAGGAGAAGCAGCUUGCUUCUGUUCUUGAGAAGGCCACUACCAGGUACUUCCCAGUCUACGAAAAGGCCCUGAAACAGCCUGGACAAGAGUUUCUCGUUGGCAAUCGCCUCAGCUGGGCAGACGUACAGCUGCUUGAAGCAAUCUUAAUGGUAGAGGAGCUAAAAUCUGAUGUUCUUGCACCCUUCCCUCAGCUGCAGGCUUUCAAAGCAAGGGCAAGCAAUCUUCCCGCUAUAAAGAAAUUCCUGCAGCCUGGGAGCCAAAGGAAACCGCCCCCUGACGAUGCGUAUGUCGCAACUGUGCAUGAAGUUUUCUUGAGUGACUAAGAAGCAUUGCAUCAGGUUUUAAGGCUACUUGCCAGAGUCACUAUGACUGCUGAAAACCAGCGGGCCUAUAAAUGAAAUGAUUGUUACCUCUCAUGAAAAAGCAAAAAGUGAUGAUACGGAAUGUUGAGCAGAUGUUGUUUGUGUGCAUGGGUGUAAAUUGAUUUAAAGUAUAUAAAGUGCUUGCAUUAAAAUAUUCAACAAGA